UUCACAGGCUGCAGAGAUGUCGCUUUACCUCUACUUUGUCCUUGUUGCAUGUUUCUGUCACAGCUUUACUGACACUCCUAAAAAGACUUUCCUGCAGAACACAAUGGCUAUACUGCCCUGUCCUCACAGAGAGGGAGAUGUAAUAUGGAGCCGCUACAUAAACGGUGAAAAGGUGAUUCUUGUCUCUAUCGAAAGUGGCAUCGAGAAAAUACCUGACAAACACUAUGGCUCCCUGGCAGAUAAUUCACUGUUAAUACAUAAUGUUAAACCCUCUGAUUCUGCAAUGUAUUUGUGUAAUGGAGCACAAAUAUAUCUGGAAGUGACAACAGAUCCCAACAUGGUGGAUCACAAUGCUGGAAAUGUACCAGUCACAGAAAGAAAGGAUGAAUCGGCUUUUGGCCUGGGACCAGCUGCAGCAGGGGACGCGGACACAGAGAGCCAACAGUCCUCAGACUCUUGGAAAGUUCCUGUUGGUGUCGUCAUGGGUGCCGCAUUGGCGCUUUUGGCUGUUUUAUCCCUGAGAUUCUGCUCAAAAAAGAGAAGAGAGACAAACACCAGCUUGGACAAAACUGUAGCUGAGUCAAUUUAUGAGGAGAUAGAAGCUGGUGUGGAGCAGCCGAGGAGGGAAUCAGAUGUUGAAAGUCCAUACUACUGCACAAGCAUCACACCAUGCAGCUCCACACCACCAAACAACAAUCUGUACAGCGCUGUUAACAAGCUGAAAACUAAAGGACCCAGCAGUGAGGAGUGUGUGUACUACCUGGCCCAAAAUCCACCACAGACAGUCAGUUGUCAGCGUCAGUGCUGACUGUCUGAUAUGUGUCACACUUACAUAUAAAAACUGUGUGAGGCGCUGUUGAAGUUUUCUGGUGCAGAUUUGUAAGAUUUAAACACAAAAACUGCGGCUGUAAAUGCUUCUUUUUGUCCUGGAGUCUGUUGUUUUUCAUAUUAACUACACUAAACAUAGAUAUCUUUGUUCCAUGUUUUGUAAUAUAUAAAACUCAAUUAGAAAUCUGAAUCAGCUGAUCGAUUAACAUGUCGGUCUAUGCUAAGUGUCUAAUAAACAUCAUCCCGUUGUAUAAAAUCUGCUUUAAAUUGUCAUUUUUCAUUAUUACUUUUCACAAUUUGUGUCAUAAUGUUAAUUUAAAUGCCUCUGUAUGACUGAUUGGUUCAUUCAAAGAUACCUGUUUUG